AUGCUGAGCGGCACGUGUUUCCGGCUGUCCCUAGUGGUCGCCGUUUUCCUGAUCGCCGCGAUAUUCCUCGUCCCCCAGCUCCCCCACGUCGGCUACAAUCCUCCCACCCCGGUGAACAACCAUGCGCCAACAGCGCCGGCCAAAGACGCCGCCAACAACGCGAACAAGGGCGGUAACGAUGUUGCUGCCACGAUCUCCUCGACCGCUGCCGCCGUGACGGCAUCGUCUGCGCCCUCGAAACCAGUAACACCGGCAUCCGACCCGGCCAAAGAUGCGCAACCAACAUCCAAGACGCCGUCGAAGCUCGAAGCCGGCCAGACGCUUUCCCCCUUCCACUUGACCUCCCCGUCCGGCCGCUACUCCCUCCGCCUCCUCGACAGCGGCGCCCUCUCCCUCACCGACACCAAGACCGAGGCCGAGCUCUUCACCUCCGACACCGAAUACCACUGGCCCGUCUCGUGGCAGGUCGAGCUCACCCAGGAGGGCGUCCUGAUGCUCUCCUGGUCCAACUCGACGGCCGCCCCCUACGGCGCCACCCCGUGGAUCUCCAACCUUCUCCCCGACUGCGCCUCCGUCGACUCCAGCGACGGCGCCGAAAAGCCCGUCCUCGAGCUGCUCGACAGCGGCAAGCUGCACAUCCGCGCCGGCUCCAAGACCACCUGCACCCUCCACCGCGCCGCCGACGACAUGGGCCGCGCCGCCAUCGUCUACACCGGCUUCCUGCGCACCUACCUCCAGACCUGCAAGGCGCAGAACGACAAGCUCGUCAAGACCUGGACCGGCUCCGGCGGCGUCGACGUCCACGUCUUCACCUACGACACGGACGUCUACGACGCCGCCGGCGACAAGGACACCUCCGACGAGGCGACCAUCGGCAAGAACCUCCGCGCCUGCUUCGGUGACGCCCUCAAGACCGUCGUCGUCAAGAAGCUCGACGACGUCAAGGAGAAGGCCGUCGACCCGCCCGACGUCCUCGUCAAGGCCUGCGGCGCCGACAAGCUCAACCACCAGCUGAGCCAGUGGAAGGCGCUCUACCUCGCCGCGCAGCAGGUCCAGCGCUACAUGGUCGAGAAGGGCGUCUCGUACGACUACAUAUACAAGGGCCGCCUCGACCUGCAGUUCUGGGGCGACGGUUCCCCCGCACUGUCAUCGCUAAAAGUGCCCGACAACGGCAUCCUCGCCCCACGCGUCGCGCUCGACUGGACCUGGUACUCGAUGCUGCACGACGGCGAGCUGCGCGCCGGCGUCACCGACAUCACGGCCUUCGGCCGCCCCAACGCCAUGUUCACGUACCUGUCCCUCUACCGCGAGUUCGUCAACCUGCGCACCGUCGAGAAGGAUGGCGGCCGGUGGAAGGCGUUCAACACGCACUCGCGGGAGAAGACGUUUAGCGGGCAGGAGCCGUGUACGCCCGAGGGCAUCCUGGCGUACUGGCUCAAGAUCAACGGGAUCGCCGUCAAGACGGAGUGGCGGUUCCAGAUGGGCCUGUUGCGGAAGAACGGGGAGGUCAUUUUUACCUGUCCCGAAGGCCGAGGGUGGCUGUGUCCUAACUUCAUCCCGAACGUGAACCAGGAUGGCACGUUCUCGUCGUAG